AUGGGGAAGCCGAGUAGACUAUUACUGGUGUUUCUGUCACUGACCGUGAUACCUAAUGCCGUCUUGGUAAUUCUCAAGACAAGCAAUCCCCAGAAUAUUCCACGCGCCCUUUCCAAUGUCGUCGAAGCCGGCUGCGACUGCCGCGGCUCGCGAGUUUUCGCAGAAGCCCAAGAGUUAGCUGCUGCUCCCCGUCCGACCGUGAACUACAGCCAGGUAGCCUCGGAGACUCCCCGCAGAGCGAACAAGACGAAGUACUCGAGACUCGGGACCCAACUGCAGUUGGACUACGCCAAGAUGUGCCCCCGCGGCUCCCUCAUGCUUGGCCAACGCAGCCAGUUCGUCCCUAACCACCUCGACUGCCCUUCCCUCUUCAUCGUCGGAGCGAGAAAAGCCGGGACAUCGUCUCUCUACAUGUACGUCUCCAGACACCCUUCGUUCAAGGGAAUUCUUUUAGACAGGGGUCCAAAGGUGGGCGAAACCUACUACUUUUCCUCCCACUGGAAGAGCUGGAAAUGGAGCCAGUAUAUGAAGCUGUUUGAGCACACCAGCCACUAUACGACCGGAGAGUCAAGUGUGGGGUAUCUGACCAGCUGUAAUGUACCAGAGAGACUGUGGAGGUCGUGCGGAAAACAGGCAAAGAUUGUGAUUCUCCUUCGAGACCCGAUCAAGAGGUUGGAGUCAAACUACCGCAUGCGGAUCCGGCUACAGUUGAGGGGCUAUAGCAACAACACCAAGGCAUCGACCAUGGUCAAUCUUGAGUUGGAGAGAUUUAUCAACGCUGCCCUCAAGAAUGGAGCAGACAUACAAAGCGUUGAGCACUCCUGGGAGAAAUUUCGCUGCCUCUUCAACCCCUCUAGCAAUAUGGUCUUUGAAGGGCUCUACUACGUCCAUAUCAUGAACUGGUUGUGCAACUUUCCUCCUGAAAACAUUCUCAUCCUAAACAGUGAGGAGUUUUUCCACAACACGCGGGGAGUCUUUGAGGAAGUGAUUGAAUUCCUCGGACUUCCCCCUCUGGAUCGCAACACAACCGCAUUCAUCACCUCAACUUCCUACAACACAGGACGGGGAGGCCAGGGACCAAGGCAGCAAUUGAGUGAAAUGGACAGGAAGAAACUCAGAGUGCUCUACAAGCACACAAACCAACCUCUUCUCAACCUAUUGGACUGGGAAGGUUUUGUCUGGAGCUAA